GCUGCGCGCUGGCUCCACGCAGUGACCAGUCCGCUGCCCGGCCGCUUCCCCUGCCCGGCCUCCAGCGGCAGCUCAAUUGACGCCCAUGGCACCGCACGGAAAGCCGUCAGCAGCCGCGGCCGCGGGAACUCGGGCGCCGGUCCGCCGCUCGCCGGUGGGACAAAGUCCGGCGCAUGCGACGAGAACACACGCACCGUUCCAUCGUCGGUGCCCACCACCAGCCGCGCCUGCGCCAGCGGGUUGAUCAGGUGCAGGCUGCGCAUGUCGCCUCCCACAGCGUACCGGCCCACCAGCGCACUCUGCUCCCAGUCGUACACCGACACGUCCCCGUUGCGGCUCGCCACCACCACAUGCGGCUCGACUGGGUGCAUCAGCGCUGCCGACGCGGAGCCGCACGAACCGCCGCCCACCGCCGCUACGUCCGUCCACUUGGCGUACGCGGCAUUGUUGGCCAUCAGUCGCGCGUCAGCCUCCAUGCGCGAGAUCCUCCGCGACUUCUCCACCGACUCCACCAGCGCCUGGCUGCCCUGCACCCGCCCCGCAACGGUCGCAAACAGCGAGAUGUCAAACUCGGUGAAAUGUGCGCCCGCCCAGUCCACCAGCGUCGACUCGCAUAUGCUGCUGACGCAGCUCCUGCCGCCCCCACUCGAGCCACGCCCGCUCGAUUCCUACCAUGCGUCGAGCCGCCUCCACGCGCUCACCAUCCGUCAGUCCUGCGAACCGGUCACGCACUACUCCUGCUGCCUCGCCCGGUGGGCUGCCCAGCGCCCCAUGCAUUGUGUACCGGUGCCGGCAUUGCCCGCCCCGCCCACGCGCUGACUGCCGUGGGCUGCCGACUGCCGCCGCCUCCGCUGCUGCAUCUGGUGCAUCUGCUGUGUCUGCGGCUCGCGUCGGGGCGGCUUGCCCAGCAAAGCAUCCCCACGCUGCUGUUGCCCGUGAGGAACCCCAACCCCGGCGCCUGCCCACCUGCCACACGCGCCAGCUCCGCCUGGUGCAGCGCCCGGUCGAUCACUGUCCUCGUUCUCCAGGAACUGCUGCGAGUGCACAUAGCACUGCAUCAGUGUAUCGCACACCUGCUGGGCCGCCAGCGCCACGUCCGGGUGGGCAUCGGCGCUCAACCCCAGCAGCGCCUUGUACAGCUUGACCAGCAGAUCCAUCGAGAUCGCCUCGCCGUCGCCUGCGCUGCCCCCCGCCGCCCGCCGGUCCAGCACCCGCACCUCCUCGCCCAUUACACGCCCCACCGCCGCUACCGCCUGUGGCAUGUACGACGCAAACACCGCGCUGCCCACCACGUUGACCACCUCCCGCCGCACCAUCGGGCUGCCGUCCCCCGCCGCAUGCAGCAGCGCCUGCGUACGUCUGCCGCUCCACCUUGCGGAUGAUCGUCAGCACCCCUGGAUCAUCGCCCAGAUGCGCCAGAUCGCUCAGCAGCGUGUUC